AUGAAUCAAACAUCUAUUUUUGAAUAUCUUGACAACCUAAAAUUAUAAAUAACAGAUCCAACUCAAAAGCAAUUAGAAUAUUAUCAUAAUAAAAAAGCAAUGAUUACUUCAUAAAGAUAAAUUGCUAUACCAAAAUUUAAAUCUCCUCAGAUUGUUCACCAAGAACCAAAAUUUUUAUAACUUAGAAAGACUUUGUCCCAAUAAGAAUUUUGCUCAUCUCAAAUAUAGAAGUAAUAAAAUUAUAAUUAUUACAAAACAAGGAAUUAUGAAUCAAGAAUCGCUUUCUAAUGAU